GCCGGAAGCGGAAGUGGCUAAGGGUGGGGGAGUUGUUGAGAAAGUGUCGGGUUAUCGUCUUACUCUUUGGGUUCGCUCCGCGGCUUGCCUGGGCAGGUAAAUCGCUAUUGCGAGACCUCGGCGACCUCGGCGGCUCUGCUGACUCGGCUGCCGGCUCCCGGCCCCGAACCCUCGCCCGAGGGGCGUGGUGCCCCGGUGCUCCGGCUCUUUCCCCGGGCUCCUUGUGGCCCCCUGGUUCCGGGCGACCCCUGCCACGGGUGGCUUCCCGUGUCCCCGCAGACCCCCACAAUGGGCAACACGAGCAGUGAGCGCGCCGCCCUGGAGCGGCACGGUGGCCAUAAGACGCCCCGGAGGGACAGCUCGGGGGGCGCCAAGGACGGCGACAGGCCCAAGAUCCUGAUGGACAGCCCCGAGGACGCCGACCUUUUCCACUCCGAGGAAAUCAAGGUGCGGGGCAAGGAGGAAUUCCUGGCCUGGCAGCAUGAUCUGGAAGUGAAUGAUAAAGCUCCCGCCCAGGCUCGGCCAACUGUAUUUCGAUGGACAGGGGGCGGAAAGGAAGUUUACUUAUCUGGGUCCUUCAACAACUGGAGUAAACUUCCUCUCACAAGAAGCCACAAUAACUUUGUAGCCAUCCUGGAUCUGCCUGAAGGAGAGCAUCAGUACAAGUUCUUUGUGGAUGGUCAGUGGACACACAACCCUUCUGAGCCAAUAGUAACCAGCCAGCUUGGCACAGUUAACAACAUCAUUCAAGUGAAGAAAACUGACUUUGAAGUAUUUGAUGCUUUAAUGGUGGAUUCCCAAAAGUGCUCCGAUGUGUCUGAGCUAUCCAGUUCCCCACCAGGACCCUACCAUCAGGAGCCCUAUGUCUGCAAACCAGAAGAGCGCUUUAAAGCACCACCCAUUCUUCCUCCACAUCUGCUCCAGGUCAUCCUGAACAAGGACACAGGAAUUUCUUGUGACCCAGCUUUGCUCCCUGAGCCCAAUCACGUCAUGUUGAACCACCUUUAUGCGCUGUCUAUCAAGGAUGGCGUGAUGGUGCUCAGUGCAACCCACCGGUACAAGAAAAAGUACGUCACUACCUUGCUAUACAAGCCCAUAUGAAGAGCUGGGAGGCGGCGGCGGGCCCCAGGAAGCAAUUUGCACCACCAGGCUCCAUGCAUGCAUGCUUUCCACCAGAGGGAAUGGACUAAAUUUCUCAUUUCACACUCUUUAUAAAACAUUUCACACCUGCCCUAGACCUACUUGAAGGUUUGUCCAGGCUCCACAGCUCCUGAAGAGCCUCCAUUUGUAACAGUCCUCUGAGCACCCUGUGGCUUUGAGCCAUAGGGUGCUUGUCAAGUCCGAGAAAGGAAUAAGGAGCAGCACCGCGGUGCAUGAGGCUGGUGCAGGUCUAAACCUAUGUCCUCUCAGCUGGCCGUGGAGCUGCUGCUUAAGCCAAAGGCAAAUACGAGCUACUUUGCUAGUAAAAUUCUGGGAAGUGGGGACUGAGGCCACACAAAACUUCUCACCGUUUAUGUGUUUUUAAGGCCAUUACCCCUUUUGAGGCCUGGCUGUGAAACUAAGAGUAAGUACAAUGUUCUUGCCUGUCCUUUAAAAUCAAAGCAAUAGGUUAUCUCCCAGUUGUUUCUUACACUUAUGUACACUAAGUACUUUUUUUAAACCAGAGGUGGCUGUCUGUACAGUCUCAAGGCAAUUUGUAAGUCGUCACGACUAGACUAUAGAUCAUAUGAGCUGUGCUCAGCAAUAAUCUGUUCCCAGAACAGACUUAAACCCACUGCUGGAUUUCUCCAUUAAGCUGGAUGAUCCUGAGGACUGACCACUGUUAGCUGGAAGGUUGUCCGGCUUUCUGUUCCAAUCGUAAUGAAGUGACAGUGCUACCAUGGAAACUUUGGAGAAGCACCUCCCCUUUCUUUUGUAGCCUGUGCCACCUUGCUCAGGCCCUCUGUUCCUAGUUAGCAAAGAAGGCUGCAGGAACUUGGAACGUGACACCAGUUCAUUCUAAGUUCAGGUCGGGAAGACCUCCUUUGUACCAAAGCAGACCUCGUUGCUCUCUGCUCAUUUUCCCAGGAGAUGCCACAGAUUUGCCUGUUAGCACAGAUUCCUGUCAACCAGUCAGCAGAAGCUAUCAUUAUUCCCUUUGUUCCUGCUGGGAGAGGGAUGAGCUCCCUGGUUCCCAGUGUUUAUUUGGUAAACCUGAGUUUGGGGUACCCUUUUUUGUUACUGUUUUCAAAACAUGGUGUCACCUUGACAUACACUUUUCAAUAAAGCUUUGUAAAGAUAA